AUGCACAAUAAGAUAACAAACUUCAGGUGGAUACAUCAAAACACAACCCGACCAUAUCGUCAAACAAAAAAAUACCACAUUAUCAACACACAAGACAGGAGGCCGACCUCAAACCCAACAUUAUCAACACACAAGACAGAAGGCCGACCUCAAACCCUACAUUAUCAACACAAGACAGAAGGCCGACCUCAAACCCAACAUUAUCAACACAAGACAGAAGGCCGACCGCAAACCCAACAUUAUCAACACAAGACAGAAGGCCGACCUCAAACCCAACAUCAUCAACACACAAGACAGAAGGCCGACCUCAAACCCAACAUCAUCAACACACAAGACAGAAGGCCGACCUCAAACCCAACAUCAUCAACACACAAGACAGAAGGCCGACCUCAAACCCAACAUCAUCAACACACAAGACAGAAGGCCGACCUCAAACCCAACAUCAUCAACACACAAGACAGAAGGCCGACCUCAAACCCAACAUCAUCAACACACAAGACAGAAGGCCGACCUCAAACCCAACAUCAUCAACACACAAGACAGAAGGCCGACCUCAAACCCAACAUCAUCAACACACAAGACAGAAGGCCGACCUCAAACCCAACAUCAUCAACACACAAGACAGAAGGCCGACCUCAAACCCAACAUCAUCAACACACAAGACAGAAGGCCGACCUCAAACCCAACAUCAUCAACACACAAGACAGAAGGCCGACCUCAAACCCAACAUCAUCAACACACAAGACAGAAGGCCGACCUCAAACCCAACAUCAUCAACACACAAGACAGAAGGCCGACCUCAAACCCAACAUCAUCAACACACAAGACAGAAGGCCGACCUCAAACCCAACAUCAUCAACACACAAGACAGAAGGCCGACCUCAAACCCAACAUCAUCAACACACAAGACAGAAGGCCGACCUCAAACCCAACAUCAUCAACACACAAGACAGAAGGCCGACCUCAAACCCAACAUCAUCAACACACAAGACAGAAGGCCGACCUCAAACCCAACAUCAUCAACACACAAGACAGAAGGCCGACCUCAAACCCAACAUCAUCAACACACAAGACAGAAGGCCGACCUCAAACCCAACAUCAUCAACACACAAGACAGAAGGCCGACCUCAAACCCAACAUCAUCAACACACAAGACAGAAGGCCGACCUCAAACCCAACAUCAUCAACACACAAGACAGAAGGCCGACCUCAAACCCAACAUCAUCAACACACAAGACAGAAGGCCGACCUCAAACCCAACAUCAUCAACACACAAGACAGAAGGCCGACCUCAAACCCAACAUCAUCAACACACAAGACAGAAGGCCGACCUCAAACCCAACAUCAUCAACACACAAGACAGAAGGCCGACCUCAAACCCAACAUCAUCAACACACAAGACAGAAGGCCGACCUCAAACCCAACAUCAUCAACACACAAGACAGAAGGCCGACCUCAAACCCAACAUCAUCAACACACAAGACAGAAGGCCGACCUCAAACCCAACAUCAUCAACACACAAGACAGAAGGCCGACCUCAAACCCAACAUCAUCAACACACAAGACAGAAGGCCGACCUCAAACCCAACAUCAUCAACACACAAGACAGAAGGCCGACCUCAAACCCAACAUCAUCAACACACAAGACAGAAGGCCGACCUCAAACCCAACAUCAUCAACACACAAGACAGAAGGCCGACCUCAAACCCAACAUCAUCAACACACAAGACAGAAGGCCGACCUCAAACCCAACAUCAUCAACACACAAGACAGAAGGCCGACCUCAAACCCAACAUCAUCAACACACAAGACAGAAGGCCGACCUCAAACCCAACAUCAUCAACACACAAGACAGAAGGCCGACCUCAAACCCAACAUCAUCAACACACAAGACAGAAGGCCGACCUCAAACCCAACAUCAUCAACACACAAGACAGAAGGCCGACCUCAAACCCAACAUCAUCAACACACAAGACAGAAGGCCGACCUCAAACCCAACAUCAUCAACACACAAGACAGAAGGCCGACCUCAAACCCAACAUCAUCAACACACAAGACAGAAGGCCGACCUCAAACCCAACAUCAUCAACACACAAGACAGAAGGCCGACCUCAAACCCAACAUCAUCAACACACAAGACAGAAGGCCGACCUCAAACCCAACAUCAUCAACACACAAGACAGAAGGCCGACCUCAAACCCAACAUCAUCAACACACAAGACAGAAGGCCGACCUCAAACCCAACAUCAUCAACACACAAGACAGAAGGUCGACCUAAAACUCAACAUCAUCAACACACAAGACAGAAGGCCGACCUCAAAUCCAACAUCACCAACACACAAGUCAGAAGGCCGACCUCAAAUCCAACAUCAUCAACACACAAGACAGAAGGCCGACCUCAAACCCAACAUCAUCAACACACAAGACAGAAGGCCGACCUCAAAUCCAACAUCAUCAACACACAAGACAUAA